CUCUCGCCGGCUGCAUUGUGGGAAGCUGACCUCACUCGCUGCUGCCGCCGCCCCGCCGGCUCCGGCACUCGCCGCCAUGGGGGCCGUGACCGACGAUGAAGUUAUCCGCAAGCGGCUGCUGAUCGAUGGCGAUGGAGCUGGUGACGACAGGCGGAUCAAUUUGUUGGUGAAGAGUUUCAUUAAGUGGUGUAAUUCCGGAUCUCAGGAGGAAGGAUACAGCCAGUACCAACGAAUGCUGAGUACUUUAUCACAGUGUGAAUUUUCAAUGGGAAAAACUCUGCUGGUGUAUGACAUGAACCUAAGAGAGAUGGAAAAUUAUGAAAAAAUCUAUAAGGAUAUAGAAAAUAGUAUAGCUGCAGCUCAUGAGAAGAUAUCUGAAUGCAAAAAACAAAUCCUUCAAGCAAAAAGGAUUCGAAAAAAUCGUCAGGAAUAUGAUGCAUUGGCCAAAGUCAUACAGCAUCACCCAGACAGACAUGAAACACUAAAGCAGCUAGAAGCUUUGGGAAAAGAACUGCAAAAUCUUUCUCACAUUAAAGAAAACGUUGAAGAUAAGUUGGAGCUGAGAAGGAAGCAGUUCCAUGUUCUCCUGAGCACCAUCCAUGAACUUCAGCAAACCCUGGAGAAUGAUGAAAAACUUUCAGAAGCUGAGGAAUCCCAAGAAACUCAGAUAGAAGCAGAGGCCAAGCAGUAGAUGUCAUAUGAAGACUGACAAUACAACACAAGAAAGUCCAAGUAUCUUCACUUUUUGUUGAAAUCAACAGAAAGAGAUGGAGCUGGAAAUAGUUUCCUACUGCUCCUGUGAAUUUUUGUAUAAAAAUAUGUGUUUUGCAUAUGCUUCAGGGGAAAACAGUUGCAGAUGUUUGCAGACAGGCACUCAGUGUUAAUCCACAAACUUUGUAAUUUGUGAUAAAUAUACUUUGUUUCACAAAGGAUGAAGCUUUUACACCAUACUUGUGAACUAAAGUGUUUGCAAAACUUUGCCAAUAAAAGGUGUUUUCACA